CAGGCAUUGCGCCUGCUAUAGCAGCAUUAGCUGGUGAUGUAAACAAACUGGGGAUAAACUUUCUUUAUUCAGUAAAUACUGACAUGAAACUCUUCUAAAAUAAAACGGAAUAAGUUGUGUCAUGGCGUUUCCUCAGCCCAGACCUCAGGCUCCUCAGCUUCCUCAGCAUCUCCUCAGGACCAUAGACUGCCAGCAAGGAGCUGUCAGAGCUGUUCGCUUCAACUGUGAUGGAAACUACCUGCUGUCCUGUGGCAGUGACAAGUCUUUAAAGCUGUGGAGCAUGAGCCGAGGGACGUUGCUGAAGACGUAUAGUGGCCAUGGAUACGAGGUUCUGGAUGCCGACAGUUCCUAUGACAACAGCCAGAUUUGCUCCUGUAGCUCUGACAAGACGGUGAUUCUUUGGGAUGUAGCCACUGGCCAGGUGACACGCAAACUCAGAGGUCACGCUGGGAAAGUUAACUGUGUGCAAUUCAGUGAAGAAGCAACUGUCAUCUUGUCUGGAUCCAUAGAUGGAACAGUACGAUGCUGGGACACCAGAUCCAGAAGAUACGAACCCAUCCAGGUUCUAGACGAGGCUCGUGACAGCAUUAGCAGCCUAAAGGUGGCACAACAUGAGCUGCUUACCGGCUCGGUGGACGGCAGAGUGAGGCUCUACGACCUCAGAAUGGGACAACUACAUGUGGACUUCAUCAGCAGUCCUAUUACCUGUGUUUGCUUCAGUCAGGACGGUCAGUGCACCCUGAGCUCCAGUUUAGAUUCAACAGUGAGACUUCUGGACAAGAGCACCGGGGAAAUGCUGGGAGAGUAUACAGGACACAAGAUGAAGGGCUACAAGCUGGACUGCUGCCUGUCCAGUAAAGACACCCACGUCCUAAGCUGCUCAGAGGACGGCCAUGUGUACUGCUGGGACCUCGUGGAGGGAUCUUUGUCCUUGAAGCUGCCAGUGGGGAAAGCAGUUGUCCAGUCCUUGUCCUUCCAUCCCUCAGAGACCUGCCUCCUCACAGCCAUGGAGGGCCGAGUCCAGGUGUGGGCAUCAGAACCAGAGGAAGCAGACGAGGAAGCGAUGGCCAAAUAGUAAAAGUAGUCCAAAUCUGCAUUCAUGGGAUAAGGGGACUUUGCUUUCCAUUACUCCAGUAACAUACAGUCUACUUGGUAAACGUGAUGAACUAUAAGAUGUCAUGAAAACAUCCCACAUUCAGGUUUUGUGUACAAACAAGUUGUCAUUAGAGGCUUAGUACUGGAACCAGCGGUAAAUAGAACAUUUCCAGUAGAACCUGCACUCUGGCAGGCUGGACAAAUGUGAUUGGGUGUACGCCCAGUGGAAAGUGCACAUGCCUGAGCAGUCAGGGUGUUUAUCAGAGUUACACAGAAAAUUACACCUGUACCCACAUUAAUCAUUAUUUCUCUGCUUGUGUUUGGUCAGUCCAUAAUGGAUCAGAAAGUAUCAAAGGUUUGAAUAAAAUUCUACCUGCCGUUUACGUUAAAGUUACAAAUGGCCAUGGCCAAAAGUAAACUUCGUAGAUAUUUGGCUAAAUUCUUUUCUAUGUCUGUCUUAUCAGUCUGCCUCUGUGGCUGCUAGCUUUACAGAGAUUUAGUUCUUGAGAGAGGAAAACUAAUGCUGAACAUACCAGAUGACGUAAAUAUUGUAAAGGCUGAAAAAGUGUUUUGAACUUUGGUUCACAGAUGUACAGACUAGAUGAUCACAAUGUCAGUUUGAUAUGAGUGAACCAUAAACGUUAACAAGGUGAUGGAGGAUUUUUAUGUGUGUGAAACAUUUAUGCAUUUUUUUUUAUUUAUUUUUUUUUAACAAAACCCUUGAAUAAACUUUGUGUAAAUGACACCA